AUGCCUAGCCGCAAGAAAACGACUCAGGAAAAGCCGUUAGUGAAGCGACUUCUCGAUGGUCUCAUACCAAAGAGAACAGCAAAAUGGAAGAGCGUGAUUGCGAAAAUCACUGAAGAUGAUAGUGAAUCUUCGGUGGAUAAUGAGCUCGUCACCAGAUCGGCUUCGGAGAUCAAACGGCACGAAGAUGUGCCACAAAAGUCAAGAGUGUCGCCAGAUCCGACUCUUGAAGGUGAGGUGCCUUCAAGUAAAGGAAAUGGAAAUAAACAAGACGCCUCAACGGAGACUCCAUUGAUGACUGCCAACAGUCAGUUCUACUAUUCGCCAAUGUAUCGAAGAUACUUUGGCCUAACACCUCCAAAUCCACAGCUAUGUAAUCCUCGAUUGCUAGAGGAUUACAUUGAUUGGUACAUCAAUGUUUACAUGGAGGAGGAAGAAAUGCCGUGGACAUGGAUUGAUGUUGGCAAUGCACGUGAACGGCGCGAACAAAGCGAGCAAGAGGCCAAAGAUGAAGCAAACAGAUUGGCUUCUCGCUCGCCACCAUCAAGCAAGCAUAAAUGA